AUGUCCCAGAAACCACCAGUCUCUCGAAGGAGCAAGGGCCUAUCGGAAAAGAUCGCAAGCGAUAGAUACUAUGGAUUUAAUAAGGAGUUACCCAUACAGGAACUUAUCAACGCAUUGAGUUCGGAAAGUGAAUCAUGGACAUUGGAUGAAAUCGAUGAGAAGAAGAUUGAACAGCUACUCGCGGAUAUAAAGACACCGACCUCUAUACCAGAAGUUAGGAGUAGAAAGGAAGCUAGCGUUGAGGUGGUACCAACUUGGCUGCAAAGCAACAUAUCUGAAGAAGGCAUUAAAAGCGAUACAAACGCGGAGGAGGAUAUUUUGAAAAUGAUCAAAGAUGAGAUAGAGUUUGAAAGGGCACACGGAAUCAGCAUGAAUGACUUUGAUGAGGAGAGAUCGCAAACGCGCGACCGGGAGAGACCCCCUACCCCGAAAAAGACCGAACUUGAUGAGGAUCUUCUCAAGCGAUUUGAAGCUCUGGGGGGGUUGGAACUCCCGCCUGCCCCUAGAAUGGAUCCGAGAACGAAGCAAAGGUUCGAUGUAGACCCAGUCCUGGUGGAAUCUGAUACAUGGUGCUGUAUAUGUAAUGAAGACGGAGAGUAUCGGUGCUCAGGCUGCGAAAAUGAUAUAUAUUGUGCGAGUUGCCUAUAUGAAGCACACACAGGGCCGAACGCUGGCUACGAGGAAAGAAAGCACAAAUGGACCAAAUACACAAAGCCAAAAAAACUCGCACCUUGCUAG